CCAAUGGUAAAUUAUUUUUUAAAACAAAAUUGCAUUAGCUGGAAUAAAUAUACCUUUUUCCAGAGAAUAAUGUUUGUGUGACAAAAAUAUUAAUGCGUGCAAUACUUGGUAUGUAUGCAGACUUGUCCUAUCUGUCAGAUUUCAUUUCCAUCUGAUCUCCUUCCAUAUCAUGCCAGUAUGUGCGGUGAAAAGUAAGCAGUGCACACAUGGUUAUACUAAUGUAUAAACUCUUUUUAAAUAUUUGAGUGUUCAUUUUACAGAGAUUAAGUAUAAGCCUAAUGCAAUACAGGUUUAAUGUAAUUGCAUUAAAUGAAUCCAGUUAUGUUCUACUUGUAAGGUUGAAUGCUAAUUCAAUGUAGUCACAAAUGCUUUGUUAAAACAGGCAGAUGCAGUAUUGAACAUUUACCUGGUUUUGUUAUUGAAACCGUUCUGAAUAGUAAUGGCAUGUCCAUUUUCAGAGAGGCAACAUUUGAUGACCCUUUCACUACAGAUGAGCAGCCAGGACCCUCAUGGACACAAUCAGCAACAGCACCUAAAACAGGAUGGGGAAAUGAAAUGGAUCCCCAGAAGGCAUGCAACUUGUUCCGGGAGGAAUUACUUCAUUCGAACAGUGAACAGCCAAGUCUGACACUCAUCAUUAAUCAGUUCGAUUCUGUGGAUGAGCAGGAUAGCACACUUAUUUCAUUUUAUAAAAUGAACUAUGCUUCCUGGGCAGCUCCACUGAAGUGCAGAUUAAGGGGGGAUGCAGCUGUGGGCACUGGGGUGAACUGCCAUGUUUUAUCUAUGGUUAUGCAGAAAUUGAAGACUGGGUUCAUGUUACACUUGGGCUCAUUUGCUGCAACGCUUUUUGAAGGGGAGAAAGACCAUCUUGUCCCCUCAGCUUCAGCUGUACUCCGUGACAGCAAUCUUUUCCAGAUGGCAGGUCGAAUGAUCGGCCAUUCUUUUCUUCAUGGAGGUCCCUGCCUUUCUGGAUUGAGUGUACCUGUUGUUAUCCUUUUAACUGCUGGAACUAUCGACAGUGCAGCAUUAGCUUUAACUUUGCAGGACUGUCCUGACAUGGACCACAGAGAAACUAUUAGUUUGCUCAAUAAAGCGGAUCUUGAUGAAGCAGAACGCACUCAACUAAUUGACUUGUGUUUGUUCUGGGACCUUCCUGUUCCAUCUUCUACAAACCAGGAGUGGUUGUUCCAGCAACUGCUGACACAUGCUGUUCUUGGACGUGUAAAGAAACAAAUCAAAGAUCUACGCAAAGGGAUAAAGGACACCGGGAUCUGGCCACUUAUUUCCAUAAGACAAGAUCUUCACAGGGUCCUUUUUCCAAGGGAAUCGGCAGUAGUUAUUGAUUCACAGACUGUCCUCCAGAAAAUCACAUGGCCAAAACUAACGGAGGAUGAUGAUGAUGACAUAACCGUAGAGAAGCUGACCCUUGUUUCUGGCUAUAUGCGCUCUUUUAUUGAGGAAGCAUCACCAGCUAUACUGAGCGACCUGACGAGGUUCUGGGUGGGGUGGGAGAUACCAGAAGAAAACCUUGUUCUAGAAAUUGGGACUGCUCAAUACCCAGUGGCACAUACGUGUUUCAACACACUGAGCCUCCCGUGCCAUUACCAGAACUACGCAGCUUUUAGAAAGGAAAUGCUGAUGUGCCUUAAAUCUGUUAGCAGUGGAUUUGGUCUUGUGUAGUCCUGUUAAAAAUU